AUGCCAAGCAUAUUUAUGGCUCACCUUGAUGAAGCCCAUCAAUCUUUGGAGGCUUUCUGCAGAAAGUGCAAGAAAUUGUAUAAAGCCCCAUUCCUUUUGCCAAACAUGCAUCUCCAUCUUCAUCUUUUCGAAAGAUGCAAUGGUAUCUUGAAAAACUAUGCAACAAAUAGAAAACACGGGUUUGAGGAAAUCUAUAUGAAGAAGUACCUUGAAGAAGCAUAUCAGGGAGAUUUUAUUCACCAAACUUUGCCAAUAAUUCGACCUGAGCAUUCGGCAAUCAUCCUUGAACUCACUGCAUCCACUGCCAAUUCCAUAGCCACUUCCACUUCCACUGCCAUCUCAAUUCAAUUUGAUAUCAAUGCUUUUCUUGAUUCUCCUGAGAUCAACUUUGAUAUCUUCAAGAGAAACGAGCCUUUGCCCCCUUCUGCACUUCCUUUAGCUCUAAAGGGGGAGAUUUCUAUGGAUGAAUCCGAGUAUGAGCAUUUGUUGGAAUACUAUUGCAAGACAUACAAUGAUCAAACUCUUGUUCAUUAUUGUCAGGCUGGUCAUUCCAAUAAUUUUGUUACCAAUCUGAUACAGAAGUUUGAAUCAAUCGAUCUUUUCGGGCAAAUCUACAAGAGCAAAAUGAAGAAUCAGCAUGGGUCGUUCAUGCAAGCCUUGUUUGAGACAAGUGAUGGUAGAAGUAUCAAGUCAUAUGCAGGCCAAAUUCAGUACUUCUUUGUCAAUACUGCUGCAAACUCGUUUGCUGGUUAUGCGAGCCAGCAUGAAGUUUUACUUCAGCCUAGAGCAGGAGAAGGAGUUGAGGUGAAUGAGGUGGGGUUCGAAGAUGACAGCAUGAACAGCAUUCUUCCAGUGCAUAGAAUCUGCUAUCCAGUCGCAGCAGGUGACCACCUUGGUCUAGAAAGCAAAGUUCAGAUGUGUGUAGUUCCUUUGCCAUGA